AUGACAAUUGUGGAGGGGAAUAGUUCCCAAUCACUAUCCCCUCCAAUUUCUCAAUCUGGAGAUACAGCAGAAACAAUAGAAGGUGUUGAACCAGUGGUAACACAAUCAGAAGUUGCAGAAACACAAGGUGCUUCAGGGAAACUACCCCCACAUCCUGGUAAGAAAAAAUCUAUUGUAUGGGAUCAUUUUGAUACAGCAGUGGUAAAGGGGAAGGGCAAAAGGGCAGUUUGCAGGCAUUGUAAGCAUGAUUAUGCAUGUAACACAAUGGUUAAUGGGACUUCAACUUUGAGGACUCAUUUGCUUCAUUAUUGUCCUAAUUCUCCAAUUAAAGAGGACAAAAGCCAAAAAACCCUUUCAUUUGAGGGCAAAGGUAACCUAGUUGCACAUUCAUUUAGCCAGGAGAGGAGUACUCUAGCAUGUGUGGAGAUGGUUAUAAUUGAUGAGCUCCCAUUUAGGUUUGUGGAAGGGAUAGGGUUUAAACGAUUUAUGAAAGAGGUCCAACCUAGAUUUGAUCCACCAUCUCGUUCGACCGUUGCUAGGAAAGUUUGGAGUGUUUAUCUAGAUCGUAAGGCUACCUUCAAAAGUAUCCUCUCUGCCAACAACCAAAGAGUCUCUCUUACUACUGACACGUGGACUUCCAUUCAAAACGUCAAUUAUAUGGCUCUAACAGCCCAUUUCAUUGAUGAUGAUUGGAAGUUGCAUAAAAGAAUUCUGAACUUUUGUCAAAUUACCAACCACAAAGGUGAUGCCAUUGGGAGACUUAUUGAGAAGUGUUUGAGUGAUUGGGGUAUAGAAAGAGUGUUCACCAUCACAGUUGACAAUGCAUCGGCUAAUGACGGUGCUAUUAGGUAUGUUGGAAGACAAUUGAGGCAUUGGAAAACUUUACAAUUUGAAGGGGAUCUUUUACACAUGAGGUGUUGUGCACAUAUCAUCAAUCUAAUUGUUUCAGAUGGGUUGAGUGAAAUGCAUAGCUCAAUUAAGAGUAUUCGCAAGGCUUGUAAGUUUACAAGAUCCUCUCCAUCUAGGUUGGAAAAGUUUCGACAAUGUUUAUUAUUGGAGAAAAUUGAUAGCAAAGGUCUUAUGCCUUUGGAGUGCAAAACUAGGUGGAAUUCAAUUUAUUUGAUGUUAGAGGCAGCGUUGAAGGUGCAAAGAGCAUUUGAGAGAUUGGAGGAGGAGUCCACCGAUUAUGUGCGCUAUUUUGAUAGUAAUGAUAAUGAUGAUGAGAAUCAGCUUAGUAAGAGAAGAAGGGUUGAUGAUGUAAGGAGGAAACUCAUGCCUCCUAGUGCCUCAGAUUGGUCUUAUGCUAGGGCUUUUGUCAAGUUCCUAAAAAAAUUCUAUGAUGCAACUUUGAAGCUUAGUUCCUACAAGACAGUGACAGCUAAUGUGCCUUUCCGUGAGAUUUAUAUGAUGGCUGAUGCAUUGAAAAAAGCAAUGAGAAGUGAAGAUGAAUUCUUAAAGAAGGUUGCAACUUCAAUGAAAGCAAAGUUUGACAAGUAUUGGGGUAAUAUCAAAGAUGUCAACCAAGUUGUGAUUUUGGCGAUAGUCCUUGAUCCUCGUUACAAAAUGGACCUAGUCCAAUGGGGAUUUGAAUUCUUGGAAGAUGAACCUACAAUGAUUGAAGGGUUGGUGUUUAGGGUGAAAACUCUCUUAUUCAACAUGUAUGAAGAUUAUAAAAAGGAUACUCCGGGAGUUGCUCAAUGGAGUAUGGAGGCUACUAAUGAUAAUGAGGGGGAUGUAAAUGAAGAGGAGGGAGAUGCAAAUUUGGAGAUGUUCAUGAGAAGAAGAAAAGAGAGAGAUGGGGUUCAAAUUAGAAAUGAAGUUGAUAAGUAUUUAUUGGAGGCAGCUGAGAACCCUAAAAAUCUUGGAUUUAAUUUAUUGGAUUGGUGGAAAGAAAACCAGCCAAGGUAUCCAAUCUUAUCCAAGAUUGCUAGGGAUAUAUUUGCUGCACCGAUGUCAAGUGUGCCUUCAGAAUCAGCAUUUAGUGCUGGGAAGCGAGUUGUGAAUCCUUUUCGGGCUUGUUUGACUCCCAAAACAGUGGAGGCACUCAUUUGUUGCAAUGAUUGGAUCCGAUGUGAACCUUUCAACUUUUACAAGGAACCCAGUGAAGAUGCAAUUGAAUUAUAUGAAUGGUGCGAGCAAAUAGAAAAAGAAAUGGAAGCAUUGCAAAAUUCUGGAGGCAUUUCUAGUGGCACCACAGCUUCACCAACCUAG